AUGAAAUUUAGUGCAACAAAAGCAGAAAUGAGGAAGUUAUUUACUCGCCUUUUAUAUUUUUUUUAUAUUUCAGCAAAGUCAAAUGCCGACAGUCAAGAAUGCCUUAUAGAAUGUUCCAAUGAACCUGAAAACAUGAUUUGCGCUUUAGAUUUGAAAAAGAAAAACUAUAAAAUGUUUCCCAGCGAUUGUGCUAUGACCGGAUAUGCAAAAUGUUUUGGAAUUGGAUACGUUCGAACCCCAAUCAAGUACUGCAUCAAAAGUCAUAUAUUACCUAGUCGCAGAAUAUACGGAGAAUCCUGUCCAGUGUUCUGUCCUAAUCAUUACAGACCUGUGUGUGGUGCUUCUAAGUUCAGGGAUUACGUUUAUCGAACCUUCAACAAUGGAUGCUAUUUGGAUAUGAUUAACUGCCGAGGAGACGACGACAUUACGGGCUACGUAGAAGUACCAUUACAGUUUUGCCAGCGUCACCUCAUGAAGAAUAUAUUCCAAGAAAAAGUUAUGGUAUCAAAUAUGUAUGAUUUUCGCGAUUACAAUGAUUGA